UCUGUCGCUCUCGAAUAGUCUGCUGCUUUACCAAGCCUCAGCCUGCAUGAAAUAUUGCUGGAGAGACCACUGAACGACGGCCUACAACUUGAAGGCUGUGCGCCGACAUGGGUUUUAAAUUAAAUGUCAGCAGUGCUCGUCGGGCAUCGAGGACAAUGUGGCUCCUAAGUCUAGUUUUCUUGUCUGUCUGCAUAUGUUUUUGCAAAGCAACAGCAGAGGACAGUGCCAUGGAAAACAUCGUUACAGAAAAGAAGGCUGAAGAAAGCCACAGACAAGAUAGCGCAGACCUGCUGAUAUUUAUCAUGCUCCUUACCCUAACGAUCUUAACUAUCUGGUUAUUCAAACACCGCCGAUUCAGGUUUUUGCACGAAACAGGACUGGCUAUGAUCUACGGCGUACUGGUCGGAGUGGUCCUGCGUUAUGGCAUCCACGUGCCCCGUGACAUCAGUAACGUCACUCUCAGUUGCCACGUCAACGCCAGCCCUGCCACGCUGCUCAUCAACGUCAGUGGCAAGUACUACGAGUACACCCUGAAGGGAGAGAUCAAUGCCAACGAGGUGGAUGAAGUUCAGGACAACGAGAUGCUGCGCAAGGUGACCUUUGAUCCAGAGGUGUUCUUCAACAUUCUGCUGCCCCCUAUCAUCUUUCAUGCUGGCUACAGCUUAAAACGGAGACACUUCUUCAGGAACAUGGGCUCCAUCCUGGCGUAUGCCUUCCUGGGAACACUAAUAUCUUGUUUCGUAAUCGGGCUGCUGAUGUAUGGCUGUGUCACGCUGAUGAAGCAGGUGGGUCAGCUGGACGGAGACUUCUUCUUCACUGACUGCCUGUUCUUCGGAGCCAUCGUCUCUGCCACUGACCCUGUCACUGUGCUGGCCAUCUUCAACGAGCUGCACGUGGAUGUGGAUCUGUACGCCCUGCUAUUUGGGGAGAGCGUUCUCAAUGAUGCAGUGGCCGUGGUGCUGUCCUCGUCCAUCGUAGCGUACCAGCCUCAGGGGGACAACAGCCACACCUUCGAGGUCACGGCUGUGCUCAAGUCCUUUGGCGUCUUUCUGGGGGUCUUCAGUGGAUCUUUCGCUCUGGGAGUGGCCACAGGCAUCGUCACCGCCCUCGUCACCAAGUUCACCAAGCUGAGGGACUUCCAGCUGCUGGAGACGGCUCUCUUCUUCCUCAUGUCCUGGAGCACCUUCCUACUGGCAGAGGCCUGCGGCUUCACAGGCGUGGUUGCCGUGCUGUUCUGUGGUAUCACUCAGGCCCACUACACCUUCAACAACCUUUCUCCUGAGUCCCAGGACAGAACCAAACAGUUGUUUGAACUGCUGAACUUCUUGGCGGAGAACUUCAUCUUCUCCUACAUGGGCCUGGCGCUCUUCACCUUCCAGAACCACAUCUUCAACCCCAGCUUCAUCGUGGGGGCCUUUCUGGCUGUGUUCCUGGGCAGGGCCGCCAACAUCUACCCCCUCUCCUUCCUCCUCAAUCUGGGGAGACGCAACAAGAUCAGAUCCAACUUCCAGCACAUGAUGAUGUUUGCUGGGUUGCGCGGGGCGAUGACCUUCGCCCUGUCCAUACGAGACACGGCCACAUAUGCCAGGAAGAUGAUGUUCAGCACCACCCUGCUGGUAGUGUUCUUCACUGUGUGGGUCUGCGGGGGGGGCACCACCCAGAUGCUCUCCUGCCAGCGCAUACGUGUGGGAGUGGACUCAGACCAAGAUAAUUCUCAGAUGAGCCUUUCAGAGGGUUCAGAAAGAAGAAGCACCAAGCAUGAAAGCGCCUGGCUCUUCAGGAUCUGGUACAACUUUGACCACAACUACCUGAAGCCCAUCCUGACCCACAGCGGCCCCCCCCUGACCACCACCCUGCCUGCCUGCUGUGGGCCCCUGGCCCGCUGCCUCACCAGCCCACAGGCCUACGAGAACGAGGGCCAGCUCAAGGACGACGACUCGGACCUCAUCCUGACGGACGGCGACAUCAACCUGACCUACGGCGACAUCACGGUGAGCACGGACGGCAGCGGCGUCCACACCAGCGGCGGACCGGCGGCCAUGACCUCGGAGGAGCUGGACCGGGAGCUGACCUGUGGGGAUCACGAACUGGUGAUGCGGGGCACGCGCCUCGUCCUGCCCAUGGACGACUCCGAACCCCCCUUUACGGACCCCCACCACCUGCACAUGUGAGGCGGUCCCACAGCCCCGACCACUCCACUCCUUAACCGCCCACUGACAAGACAGAGAAAAAGACGGGUUCAAUCUCUCUCUCUGUCACUCUUUCUCGCCAUCCUAUUCCGUACCGUUGCCUCAUCUUUCUUUAACUCUUUUCUCACUCGUUCCUUUCCACUGUCUCCUCGUUCUUGAAGUGGCUAAUCACUGUCUCUACCUCAUCCCUGUCGGCUUGCCGUGUCUGGCAUCACUGUCAUAUACACUGUUAUUUAAGUGUUUUUGCAUUCCAGUUGACAGUGAAUGUGUUUGUUUGGCUUACGACAUUACCACAAGGCAAUCACCGUAUAAGAGAAGGUCUAUCAGCAUGCAUUAGUCUACUAAUUGAAAUGACAGUACAGCAGUUAGCCUAGACCAACCUAUUUGUCUGCGUAUAUCACAGUGUAGUAUACAGUUAACAGAUGCAUGCUAAGUUGUGAAUCUUUUUUAAUCUGUCUGCGGGUGGCAAAACGUUUUUUUUUUUGGAGUGUGUAGCUUUGUGGUUGGGUGUGACCCUGAAUGUUGCUGCCUUCUCAGAUGUGACAGUGUGAACAGAUAUUUGUCGACCUUGGUGUUCCGCGUUGCUGUGAAUUCGGUUACAAUCAAGUGCCUAUCUUAUUUGUUUUAAGUACACUCCAUGGUCCACCAGGUGGUGACAGUGUGAGUUUGAACUAUUUUGUCUGUAGAAAAUAGAAUCGUGACAAUAUAUUGCCACUCGGCCCAUUUGACUCGGCACAAGUCUUGGAUCUCUACCAGUGACCUCUGACUGUGACCUUGGAGAGGGUUUUACACCUUACUAUAUAAGCCGAUGGGACUCACAGUAGACAGAAAGGGCUGUUCUGAACCAGAGGUCUGACUCGGCGAUGAAAGCUAGUGCCAUUUUUUCCUGCAUUGAUCUUUUGUGAAAUUCAAAUGCAGUCCACCUCUAUUUUGUAUCCUUUUUGCAACAUUAGCAUGAAGCACUUUUGCUACAUAUUCGUGUAACUUGUCACCAUCUUUACAUAUAAAGAACCUGAAGGCUCAAAGGUUUAUUGACUUUAAUGUCAGUUUGAAAUGUUUUAAGAGACUAAUAUUGAUAUGAUCUUAAUCCUUUGCUGUGGGUCAGGAUCAAUUAGAGUGUUGUUAAUUUAGUGGACUGGUGUAAGUAUCUCCACCACAAUAUACUGAAGAUGUGCUGCCUCAUGUAAAUAUGAUAAGAAGACAGACAUGUAUAAUAGAUUAGUGUACAGUAUGGUGCUUGGUACUGUGUUGUGAAGGGAUCGCGAAUCAAACAUUUGAUACUGAGAGAUUAUAAAAGAAUAUGUGGGAAAAUCAUUUUGGAGUUCAUUGACAUGAUUGUUGAACAAGUGCUUUGUUAUAUAUGCUAAAAAUCAUUCCAGUGACAAAGUCAUGUUCCUGAUGAGGAUGUGGAGAGAUUAGGGACCUGAAGAUGACAGCCGGUUGCACACAAUGAAAGUCUAUCCCUGCUUGUGUUAUACUUCUACUGUACAAAAACCAUGUUAGUGUAUCCUUUGUACCAUGCUCUUGUGUAUGCUGGAGGUAGGGGGCGCUAGUGAGCAGAGGCUGUUUUGCCGUCCUGCUGCCCUGUGGCUGGUCCAGGAUCAGUGGCAGCUGUUGAUGAACUGUGACAGGAAGCGUUGACAGGACGCCACCCUAGCAACGCAGUGUUGAUGUGGACGGAUGCAGGCCGCAUGCCAGACAACAACAGAACAGAGAGAGGGUGAGUGGUAGGCAGGAGGGUGUGUGUGUGUGUGUGUGUGUGUGUGUGUGUGAUGGAAGAGGGUACAGGAGCAGGGGUGACAGCAGAGUAGCAGACAUGCCCUGGCUGUCCACACAGUUUAAUCUCCUGCCAUGCAGGAAGUCAUUAUUGAGCAUGUUCUCUCCAUAUUUAUCAGGCAUGCCCCUAGACACUACUAUGUGCAGGACAUUUUCUCUUUUUUCUCGACACCAUUUAAAGUUUUGUUUAAGUAGAAGGGAAAUUGAGAGAAUAAAAUCAAGGAUAAAAAAAUUAAAAAAACACUUGCACUAUGGUAUUGAGAAUAGUUUGUUUGAUUUUAGCUUUUCAUUGUCUUGCAAGUUUUUGUUAGCUGCUUUUGAAUGGUCACAUGUUUGAAGAACAAAGAACAUUUAGAGGGAAUUUGGAUCACUCGGAUCAUUCUGAUCAGUCUGAUCAGUCCAGUAAAGGAUGGGUUUGUGGAGCUUUUUUAGUUAUUGAUCUGCUGUCGUUUCCCUCCGGGUGUGGUGGCUUCAUCUUCUGAGGUGAUCGGACGUAUGGAAGAACACCCCUUGAUCAGAAGUGAAACUCUAAAAAAUGUGUGUGCAUUGAUUUAACAUUUGUGCGGGUCAUUCUGAUGUUACUGAGCGUAUGUUUGAUACCAAAAGAAGCCCAUGUUUCCAUAGUAGUUCCAUGGCAUAGACCAAGCAUGAUCCGCCUAAUUCAUUUUCCAUACCUUUGAUCUAAGACCCGGUCUUGUAACUAAAACCAGUUGAGUUACUAUUAUUCUAUGACUGACACAGCAAAAGACCUAUAUACAUACACACAUGAAGCCUGUACUGGUCUGACAGUAUAUGUCCAAUUUCUGUAUUUUUGAAUGUUAACUUGUAAUUGGCUUAAUCAUUGGACUCUAAUCUGAAGUAUCUGACCAAAGGAGCUUCUUGUGCUCUGUUUCAGACUGUGUUCCGUGUUUAUAAUGACUAAUAGCUGUGUGUGUGUGUGUGUGAUUGUGUGCACGCAUGUGUUUGUUUGCGUGUGUGCAUGUGUGCCUGCAUGCGAGUGUGUUUGUGUGGUGGCUUGUGCCUGCGAGUGUAUGUGUGUGUGUGUGUGUGUGUGUGUGGGUGUGUGUCUGUCUUUGACACUGUGCUGCCUCUGUGUUGCAGGUACUGACUGUUUACAUCUGUAUAAAUAUCCUCACCUGUUCAUGUGCGUGCAAUGUUCAAUAAACAAAAGCCUGUGCUUUUGAUUAAA